AAAGGACCCGGCUGCUGUGUCUCGCCUUCUGCCGGAGUGUUCUCGUUCUCGCCUCCCGUCCUCAGAGCUCUCUCUCGUGCUCCUCACUUCGUGUAACCGGUUACUAAUAAGUGCAGUUGCGAGCGUGGUGUCUUGUGUGUAUACUGUGUAUGUCCACCUUGUAAGGUGCAGUGUGUAUACUUUGUGACAAGUGCAUGGUUAUACCUGGCGUCCGCUCACAGGUACCGACAAAAGACGGACCAUGGAAGGACAGCGUCACCUGCACUCCGCUAAGCGCUCCUGUCACCUGUGUGGACCGAUUGGUAUGAUGGGUGGCGGGGAGUGAGGCGAGGUUCGGCCGUGUCCCUGCCCAGCCCCUGCCCUCCCCUGCCGCUCCCCACACCUCCCCUGCACGCCCUCGCUACACUCCUCCACUGGGCGACCCACUCCGCCGGGGCCGCCAUGCCAGCCACCAGUCGGGAGAAGAGCAACCCCAGGGUCUCGAAGGUGUUUUCCAGGAUCUCCAGCGACCCCAAGACCUCCAGGAGCCAUGGAGAGGCCAAGACAGAGGAGGCAACGAGGCUGGUCCACGCCCCCCCUCACUCUGCCCAAGCUAAUAGCCCCAAGGCUAAGAAGGUCAAAAGGGGCAUCUUGCCUUACUUCCGCGGACAUAAAAAUGGGAAGAAAAGUGAAAAGGAAAAAGAAAAGGCCCAGAAAGAUAAGAAGGAAGAAAAUAAGCAUUGUGACGUUUCUGAGACAGUGUACACAGACAGUGAUAGCCAAGCUCAAUUAUCUCCGGUGUUAGAGACUCCCGAAGUGGUUACCAAAGAAACAGGUGUUGUCGUGCUGCCUUCCAAAGAGCCUAGUGAAAGUGGCGGUGUUGUUGCCGAUGUAACUAAGAAAGUUACCGAGGCAGACGGUGGGUCGCCGGACGCGAGUGAGGAGAGCGAGGAAGGUGUCAGUCUCGGGGAAGUGGACACGUGUCCCCACUUGGCUGAUCUUGACUUAAAAACGUACUCUCUAAUGCACUCGGCUCAUGAGUCAAAGUUUGAUUCUCCGCUAAAAGCAUACCAAAAAUCGUUCCUCCAUAACCGUUAUGACACGUGCAGCGACGUGGAGACGCUGCCCACUCGGUUCCGGCAUGCUGCACCUGAUUGGUCUAAUUCCUCGGUGGCCAAUGUGUCCGCUUUCCGCUCACACACCCUCCAGCCCCUGCCAGCCCUCCGCACCCAGACUCUACAGUACUCUGCGGCGUCAACGUCAGCCCUCCGCUCCCAGACUCUCCAGCCCUCGAUGGCGACCUCGAGUGUCCUCCAUCAGCAAGCGCUUGAGCACUCCAGAGCCACCUCGCAGGACCUCUCAGACCUGGCUGCGUGUCGAGCUACAGCACUCUGCCCACAGGUCAAGUCCAGCACUCUCGAUACUGUUCGGGCCAGGUUCCAGAACCAUGUAAACAACCUGACAUACGAGGGCAUGGACUUUACCAGCAGUGAACAAGGGUCCAGUCCGAGUAGUCCCACUCCCAGCAGUUGGAGUCUAGGCGGCAGGGGUUUCACCUCGCCAUUCUCCAAGUUACAUUUAUAUGCUACCGAGAGCUUAAAGGGAGCUGAGAAAGAGAGGGAGAAGAAGCUUACCAGAAGUGUUUCUGCAGAGUCUAAAUGUGCUGCAAAAGUUGGAGUGAAAAAAAUUUUGCUCCAUAAUCGACUUAAAGAGGAUUCUGGAAGAGACACCAGUCCUGAGAGUGUGGUGAGCGUGCUGAGGUCGGGUACCACCACAAAGGUACAGCCGGUCAGUAAAAACCUUGACUCUAUCACUAUAAGCUCAAAUAAGUUUGUUAAGGCGAAGUUAAACAUCACGGUGGUGAAGACUCCAGAGAUCCUCAGACGAGGGAGGCUGGGUUCCUUCAGGUUCACCCGUACUGGCAUCAGAUCCUCGGCUCGAGCAUCACAGAGGAAGAGACGAGAUGCUGGUGGCAUGCCGUCGUCAACAUCUUGGUUAUCCACAUCAAUGUCAUCGCUAACAUCACCGUCUACCACAAUGCCAACAGCUACCACCAUGAUAGAUGGUAAAACUAUUCCAGAAUAUGCUAAAGUUAACAAGAGAAAAAAUUCCAAGCCGGAUAUUGUUGAGGAGAAAGAUUUUAAUGGGCUGGUGUUGACGACGGCGGCUCAUGUGCACGAGUCGCCAGCAGAAAAGGCGCCCAUAGUGAAGAAGAUCGAAGCGGCAGCCUACAAGGCCAGGAAGGACUCAGAACCUUCACUUAAAGUCAACUCCGUUAAGAGGUCAGAGAGCUUCAAGACGGGAUCACGUGUGGGCAGGAGGAGUAGUUUAACUUUUGCUUCAAGAGCCAAAAUGAUGGAAGGGGAGAGUUUUGUGAAGAGUCAGGCUGUCAAGCUGAGAAGAAAGGAUUCUAAAAAUGGACGACUAGAUAUAAAAAAUGCUCGGAAAGCUGAGUACAGGUUGAGUGUAACUAUUAAACCUAGUACGGUUGCCACCUUGGCGAAUAAAUUUAACACCAUAAUAUCCCAGAACCAGGCUGGGAAUCCCAUUACAAAAUCUGAACUACCUUUCAGUCACGUGGCUGUUCACAAGACACGAGUGUUGUCGAGCCUGAGAGCCAGUGCCAGACUCAAGAACAGACACAGGACGGGGAGGUUUGAUCCAGAUAACAAGGAGAGUAACAUAGAAGGUGCCUCUGUUAUGAAUGAGAAGAGUAAAAAAGAGGAAAAGAAUAGAGAGGAACGAAGAGGUGACAUGAGCGUGGCUGGUGCCAGGAAGGUUAAUAGUAUGGGCUCCAGAUCACCUUCUCCUAAGAAAUCUGCUGUUCCAAGAAACCUUCCAUUAGUACUUGAUAAACUUGGCGACAACAAAACUGAUGAAGAGAAAGUAUGUGAAAAAAUAAAGACAGCUUUGUCGUCUGGGAAAUUCAAGGGAGAAACUGAUGAUUCUGAGGACGAUGUUGUUGACAAGGACGACGAGUCAACAGACGAGGAGAAGUACAGAAGUCGCCUGCCCUCCCCUUCUCCUUCCACGGCCGCCAGGUAUGCCACUUUGGAGGAGGAGCCUUAUACAAUCCCAGGACCAUCAUCUGCUUCUGUAGCUGAUUCUGUUACAGUAUCUUACGGUGAUACAGCUUCUAACUCCACGAUACCAAAGACAACUUACUCAGUCGAGAAACAUCAGACGAAUAGUACAAAUGGGAAGACUGCAAAGACUUCAGAUAAACCUAUUUACCACUUAACUGAAAAGGACCAACACGUGCUAACUUUACCUGGAAAACAUACAAAGGAUCAGGUGUUACCUGUACCUGAAGGACAUGCCAAGUCCGACUCGAUGGACUCUGGCAUAUCUAAUGAAGAAGACCGACUCUUUGGAGCGCGAUCACUCGACUACCGAAGUACCUCUCUUGCCACUUCGUCAGUGCAAGGUUUUCACUCUCUCUCGCCAGAGGACUCUUCACUUGAUACAGUCAUAUCAACAGACACGUGUCGGAGUGAAGACAGUGCAAUAGCUCUCAGAACGACCCAGAGCAUGAGCCUGGAGUCAGAGGCAAGCAUAGAAGACCUCGAGGACAAAGAUAUAGAACAGGAGAAAGCACUAAGCAAAUCAUGCUCAGACACUGAAGAAAAGGGUGCUGCUGAUAUUCUGGAAUCUGAAGAAAAGGGUAUUGUUGACCUUUUAGAAUCAGAGAGUAAAGGCACUGAUGGCGGUGCACGAUUUGUAGCCCCAUUUCCAGUUGACUCUCCCACUAACACUGUGGCUGGUCCUUCACAGACUAACGAGCACACAGCAUCAGCUGGGCUUACUGAACCAGAAGAUAAGAUACUACCUGUUGAUGAUGACCUUGAAGAUGUAGCCAUUGAGCCCGAUUCCAGAUCAGUAAGUAGCAGUGUCCUCGAUGACACUCACUCUGAGGUCAGCUCCGUGUGCUCUGAUGUUAAGUCCAAGAGGACCAACAAAGCAAAUGAGAGUCGUAUUUAUACUGCUGUCAAGAGUGCUGUAAAAAACACCGUCAAGAAGACCAAAGAAAAAGACGCAGAACGCAAAGAGGAGCGAGAGAGAGAAAGAAGAAACAGAUCUCCAUCAGCCGAUCGAGAGAAGUGGUAUAGAAGAGGUAGGUCAAGAGAGAGAGGAAGAGAAAAAAAGAAGGACGAUAAGGAUCAAGGAGCCUGUGAUGAACAGAGAGUGGCAGGCGAGGAUGGUGAUAAAAACGAUGAUGAUAAAAGUGACUCGCCUAAAAAAGAUGGCAGAGAGAGGGAAGGAAGGAAUUACGAGAGAUUCACUUUCAGGAGACUCAGGGAAAAGAGCCAAGAGCGUAGAAGAAACAAAGAAAGAGCCAAGGAAGAAGAAAAAAAGAAAGAAGUUGAAAAGAAAGCUUCUGGUGAAGAGUCUAAAAAGGAAAGCAAAAGCAAGAAGAAGGAGGAAAAGGAGGAAGGUACUUACGGGAAGUGGAGUAUACGAUCUAGAUCACGAAGCAGAGACCGGAAAAAGUACAAAGAUAAGGUUUCAGAACAACUUGCCCAAGAGGAGGCUGAGGCAGCAAGGGAAGCUGAGGAACUAGCAUCAGCAAAGGCCAAAGAUUUCCCCAAACACCCAGACUCGCCUCAACAACUCAGCUCUCGCACCAGCCUCACUCUCCCUUACAAUAUGAGGAAGUCAGAGAACAUGGUGUUCACCUUUGACACAGACAGCCUUUAUGACAGACCACAGACUCCCUCUCAGUCUAUGAAAUCCAUGACUUUACCUCCUCCACCAAAGACACCCAUUCCUUCACCGCCAUCUUCUGCCACAACACCAAUACCGCCUCCUCCUAAAACGCCAAUCCCAGCCCUGCCUACUGAGUCCAUGUCAGAUGACGCCAAGGAAACUUCUAACAUUUCAUUAAUUUCCGACAAGUCAAAUGGCGACAGUGACAGUAGUAACGAAACUGAAAACAUUUAUGAAAACCUUUAUGCUCCAAAUCUUGAGAAACUUCACCGAAAUCGAGAAAAACUGGAAGGUAGGGGUAUUAGGCCUAAUUCUUCGUUUCUGUGGAGUGACGGAGGACAGGCUCCGACUUCUUCUGAAGUUUCAGAUAUUAGGGAAACUAUCCAAGAAGAAGCUGAACCCGAACGCUCUCCAUUUAUAAGAUUGAUUGGUGUGAGAACAUACGGGAGAAUGGACAGGUAUGGUAAGAUCACUCCAUCAGGUAAGGCCAAGGAGACGACUCCUGAAGGGCAUAACUAUGCUGAGUUGCAGCAAGGUGCUGAGGACACCCAGACUCUGGCUUACGAUGACAUAGGUGCUGUGAGUGCUGUCAGCUAUGAUGACAUAGGAGCGCCAUCCUCCUGUGGCUACGACGACAUACGGGCACCGUCUACUGUGGGUUACGACACCAUCAGACCUCCCUCGGAAGGCUACGACCCAGUCAACCCUCCUCGCUCGGACUCAAGUCAAUAUGACGACUGCGACGGAGGCAUCGUUACAGCCCAAUUUGCAGUGGUCAUGGAGGAUCAGUUAGACUCCAUCAGCUACAUGUACGACGAAAUAUCAAUGUACAACGCUUCACAAAACUCUCACUCGUACGAGCCAGUGUACCCCCCGGGCGUCGCGCCACAGGGCCGGCCAGCGGUCAGCAGCAUUGAAGAGGUGCCAGAGAUGGAGGGAGCCGCACCCGUCCUCGACCACACUCACGUCUGUGACCGCGAUGAUGAUGCUUCCUCUGAGUACAGCCAAGAUGGCUCCGAGGGAGGCGUCCACGAAGUGUUUUCUUACAAGCUCACCCGUAUUGGAGGAACCCUAGAGUCCACGCCCGUUGUGCCCUCCACGCCUACCCCGCGGGCACCCACCACGCCCACAACGCCCACCCUGCGGGCACCCACCACGCCCACAACGCCCACCACCCCGAGCACUCCUGGCUCCACAAUCCACACCAGGAUAUAUGGAGGGAGCGUGGCAGCGGUGGUGGGAGGGGAGUGUGGGGGCGGGGAGGGGGCGCCCUCCCCAUCCCUCUCCCCCACAGAGGGCAAGAGCGAGACCUCGGACGAGUGGAUGGACGUGAGCGACACGGAGACGGACAUCAGCACCAGCGACCCCAUCACCAUCACCACCCAGAUACCCCUGGUACGCAUGCGUCAGCGUUCGAAACGUUGGCGUCCUCGCAACUGGCGGCGGUCGUGGAGUCAGGGCGUGAGGGACGUGGCCGCCCACACUCACGCCCACACCAUCGGCCACACUCACGGCUCCACCACGGCCGCCCGAGACGAGAUCGAGUACUGCUGGCGAGAAGGUGGUGACUCUGAAGAGGAAGACCCCACCACAGGGCACUAUGAGGCCAUCUACGAGGUUAUCAGCCCAGCCCAGGAGGACUGCUUCAACCGUGCUGAUGACAAUGACUUCGAUUCCUUUGAUUCCGAUAACUCAGAUGAUGAUUACUGCCGACUCAGGCCACAGUUUUCAGAUGAACAUUCACAAAUUUCAAGGGAUCAGCUAGAAUCCAUAAACUCUGAGGUGUCAGCUUCUGACAAGGACCAACAGCAGAGCCCUCUACAGCAGCAGCAACAGCAGCAGCAGCAGCAACAUGGAAUUACAAAGAUUGCUGAGGCUGCCAACCUGGGCAUGAGGAGACUGCGACGAAACUGGUCGUUAACUAAAAAUGAAGUGAGAACAGGCUUGAGUCGAAUAAAGAAAAAGAGCACCUUUAGUGUUUCGGAUAUGAAAAGCACAGAAAACCUUGCAUGUGAUGCCAGCCCAUCUAGUGCUAGUGCAGAAAAUAAAAGAAAAUGGUCUUUUAAAAGUCAUUUCCGAAGGAAAUCUUCAUCAGGCUCUGUCACAACUGUAGUUAGUAGUGGUGGGCCACCUUCAAAGAAAGAAUCUGCUACAUUCUACCUGACACUAACUAUUGAAACGGGAAGUCAGGAUGCUGGGGACAUGUCAGAUGCUUCUCAGCGAACAGGUCGCUCUGACUCUGAAAGUGUUCUAUCAGCGGCCAGUGCUCACGAAUACCGAAAGUCUAAUACACCAUCAGUAGCCUCGGUGACAACGGUGGGCUCUUCUGAAAGUGUGCCACUAAGACGACCUACCCAUAUUACUUACAACAGGAAGAGUUCUGCUGGCUCAUCCAGCUAUGGACCAGUAAGACCACGAACUGCACCACCUGCUCCACCACCAAAAGAAAAGAGCAGUGAAGUAAUAUCUGAAAGAAAUGAAGGUGAUGAACUCAGCAAGUUAGACGUUGCAUCACGGCUUAACCAACUGUUGUCUUGCGGACCUGUUGCCCCUCCUGGCCGUCGAGUGCUUCGUACUUCAGAGUGUUCAAGCAGUGACACAUCACCUGUUCCUGUUCUGAUUCACCCAGAAGAGAGUGGACACGUUGGUUUACGGCCAAAUGGUGUCAAAUAUGCUACUAUUGACAUGAGUAAUUUUGGAGUCAAUUCCAAUAUGUGUGGGGAUUCAAGUGGAGACGAGAAAUCACUGGGUGCAGAAAUAGCUAAUUUUAUAAAGCUCAACAUUCCUCAGGCUCGAAUGUCUGUUGCAAGUUCAGCAUCUCUUGGCUCUAGUGAAGGUUAUAUUCGUCCUGGAGAUAUCGCAUCGGCACCACCACCAUUGCCAGCAAGACGUACCCCAUCCACUUCUGCACAAAACUUUAGGUCUUCAUCCUGUACUAAAUUGCCACCCAUGCUUCUUAACAUGCCAUCUAGUCUCAUGGAUGGAGAUAAUAAUAGUUACCUUGACCUGAGCUGUACUGCUCUAAUACAGGAUGAACCACUGUAUGUUAGUUCUCACUUUGCAGAUGAGCCACUAUAUCAGUUCUACACUGCCACAGUGUUGGAACGUGCUGCCCACAACCAGGGCGACUGUUCAUCAGAAGAUGACUAUGAGGUGAUCAACGAUGGACACAAUUCACAGGCUAGAAGGUUACAAUCACGACCCUCUGCCAUGGAGCUUGUCACUCCCGCUGAUGGUCGACGGACGUUAUGGUGUGAAUUGCCUGAAGUCAUAGACAGUGGAUUACUAAAUCAAAUCAGCAGUCAAGAGUGGAAGAUCCAAGAAGCAAUGUUUGAAAUGAUAACAUCAGAAGCAUCAUAUCUCAAGUCCCUGAAUGUCCUCGUAACUCAUUUUGUUCAGUGUCCUGAAUUUACCAUAGAUGAGGGCGAGGAUGCUGUCCUAAGUAGGAGAGAGAGACACAUACUUUUCUCAGAUAUUUUACCAGUGAAGAGAUGCUCAGAAUUGUUUUUGGCAGACCUAGAAAAGAGGUGGCAAGUAUCGGUACAGAUAUCGACAAUUGCUGAUAUUAUUUGCAAGCAUGCUGAUAAGUAUUUCCAGGUUUAUGUCAAAUACUGUUCCAACCAGAUCUACCAAGACAGGACACUAAAGGAGCUAAAAGAAAAUAAUCCUCGAUUCUUGGAAGUGCUCAACCGUCUUGAGUCUUCGCCAGUAUGUCAGUCACUUGCUAUGCAUUCUUUCCUUAUGCUCCCUAUGCAAAGAAUCACAAGACUUCCUCUGCUGGUCGAUGCUAUUUUUCACCGCCUGGAGUACGGCACACACAUGUGGAAUGAGUACAAAGUGGCUCUUGCUACUCUUACAAAGAUUGUAGCAGAAUGUAAUGAAGGAGCUCGCAAGAUGGAGCGCAUGGAAGAAAUGCUCAUUCUUUCUCGUCAACUUGAUUUUCGGGAGGUAAAGGCAAUCCCACUCAUCUCUGCCUCCCGUUGGCUCGUCAAGAAGGGUGAGCUAACAAGGCUGACUUGGAGAGAAACUGAUGCUAAACUCACCUUUGGCAAGAGAAUAUCAAAAUGUACACUCUACUUCUUCCUGUUUACUGACCUCCUUGUUGUUACUAAGAAAAAAAGUGAAGACCAAUAUAUGGUUUUGGACUACUGUUCGAGGAACAUGGUACAAGUCCUGGAGCUUGAUGCUGCCGACAAGUUUCCCGGUCGUAUCCUCGAUGGCCAUAAAAAUCUUCUCAUCAUGACGAUGCUGCAGAACCAUGAGAAUAAAACAGUUGAAAUGGUUGUUUCAUGCCCCAUGGAGUCAGACAGAACACGAUGGGUUGAAGCAGUAACUCCUCGAAGUUCUGAUAACCCUGAUGAGCGCAUUUAUGAGGAAUGGGAUUGUCCACAGGUACAGGCAGUUCAUCCAUAUGUGGGAAAGCAGCCAGAUGAACUCUCCCUUGAAGUGUCGGAUGUUGUGAAUGUCUUGAAGAAAAUGGCUGAUGGUUGGUACCAAGGAGAAAGGAUCAGAGAUCAAGAGAGAGGAUGGUUCCCAGGAAGCUUUACUGUAGAGAUUUCUUCCACUCACGUCAGAGCACGUAACCUUCGUCAAAGAUACCGUCUUCUUGCUAUAUCUGGGUCUUUGCUGGACGAGUUAAAGAAAGAGAAAGAACGUUAUGAUAAAGAGGAGAAAAAGAAAGACAGAAGAAGAACUCUGACAAUAAAGGAAGUGAUAUCAUCUCAAGCUCAAGUAAUUAGCUAAUCACAGCACAUUUUAUGUAUUAGAUGGAAAAUACUAUUUUGGUGAAAAUGAACACUCGCCUAAAUAUUUUGUGAGCAACAUAAAAUAUACAGUAGUAGAAACCAUUGAGUGGCAGUCCUAUUUGUGCUUAUUUGUAAAGUGAAUACUGUAAUUAAAAACAUACGGGAUUGUUAAAAUCCAAGAACGGCAACUUGCAGAUUGUACAGUAUGUGAGAAACUUGUACAUCAAGUUUUGUAUGUAUAAAGAAUACAGUAAUUUGUUUGAAAUUUGAAGAUAUAAAAAUUGUGCAAUAAUGACUGAUGGUGUGUGGUGUAUUUAUGCUGAAGCACUGAAGAAAUGAUGCUAUUUUCUACAUACAUCAGCUGCCUCUAACAAUACAAGUGAUUUAAAAUACUGAAAAGUGUAGGCCCAACAGACAGUAUUAACAGUUGAAUGUGUUCAGUAGUGUUUCAUGUAGUAUGAGAAUGAAGAAGAAAAUGGCUUUAGAAUUUUGGCAGGUAAAGAGGAUGUUUGAUAAACCUGUCAAUGUAUUAUUGAUUUUGAUAUAGUAUAUACUAUUCUCUAAUGUAACAAUCAGCCAUUACAUAAAGGUCAUUACAUUCAUUAUCAUUUGUAAAACAAAGUGAAUGAAUUUGUUAUAGCGGCUAAUUGCUUGUUUAGAAUAGGAAUAUAAUGGAGAAGAAAGUGUUAGAUCAAUGUCAUGAGGGAACAGUGUCCAGUUGUUGUCUGGAUAUAAUUCACAAGUUGUUGUGAAUAGUAAUGAAGAAUAUUUAAUAAAUUGGCUACUGUAUUGUACAUAAGAUUAUUGAAUAUAAUGUUCAUUAAAAUGCAGUAUUUGAAAGUGUACAUAUUUAUCUGAUAGGAGUAUCAGAUGCACGUUUGAUGUAUAUAAUGUUUAUCUUUAUUAAAUUACAAGUUUUCUUUAUAAUUUCAUAUUCU